ACAAGCAAACCUCGAUACAAUGAAGGUACAAAUCGUUCUGUUGUCUCUGGUACUGCUGGUGAGAGCGGAGCCGAAUGUGUACUGCGGGCGGCAGCUGGCGAUGGCCCUGGCGAUGGUGUGUGGAUAUGAUGAGAAGCGGGACACUGGAGCUUGGAUGCUGGACAGGAGCCAGACCGGUCCGUAUGUGAGAACGGAGCCUUGGCUGGGCGGAACUGCGGCCGGAGCGGGAGUGGGGUCUUGGCUAGCGUUGGACACUCCAGCGAAACAUAAGGCAAGGAUUGAUGUGGGAGCCUGGUUGGCGCAACCAGCUCAAGACAAAACAGACAAGAAUGUAGGACCUUGGCUAGCACUGGAGACUCAAGCAAGUCACAAAGAACCCUGGUUAGCGCCACACACGGCGCGGACUGUCAGUCGCAGCAAGCGGCAGAUCGUUAUGGAGUGCUGCCUGAAGGCCUGCUCUGAAGAUGAGCUGCUGUCGUAUUGCUAAUGUCGUAAACCAAAUAUGUUUGUAAAUAAUUUUAUACGAAUAUGCAAAAAUAAAAUA